AUGCAGCCCAAGCCCGUUAUCCAGACCGAGCUGUUUACCUCGUCAGAACUCCUCAAGCAACCAUGGCUACCGAAGCUCACACGCAUGAUUAACGAGAGUUAUCUCGUUAGCCAUACCGAUAAGAUCAAGUUCGAUCCCGGCAAAAUUCGAUUAAAAAGCGAUUCAGAACUGUCAGAUGAACUGGGCAGUGAUGGGUUCACAGCCGUUGCAUUCUCCGAUGGCGACGUGGUAGGCACUGCCAGUAUGAAACCUUGGAAAGACGAGUCGCUCUGGAAGCCCCUUGACCACUUCGCUACCGAUGCAGUGGAAGACCAAGUCAAUGACCGGAUUGACCAAAUUCUAAAUGAGGUCUCCCUCCCGGGAGACUACGAGCUCGCGGUGGUGGCCCUUCCGCCUACACCGCAAAUCCGAGGGAAAGGAAUAGCCGGGCGGCUGGUGAAAAUUUGCGAAGAAGAAGUUUUGCGGCGGCGAAGAGCCACAGGAGACAACAAACCCGUGCGAAUUAUGAUUCGAGUGAUCAGGGAGAAUUUGGGCGACUACUGGCGAAAACAAGGGUUUGUCCCCGUUGGAGCUCAAGCUGGCCCCAAGGCCUGGGAAACCUUAGAUCCUUUUGUAAUGUGGGCGAUGAUACGUGAAUUAUCUCCCCAAUAA